UAAUUCUCCCUCCAGGUCCUCUUGCUUCCCUCCCCUCGCCUCGACCCGGUAGUCGACUAGAGACCACGCUGUGGGCCACGGAGACACCGUAGAACUAGACCAGCUUCCGGGACUCGUCCUGACGGCUGCGACUCUUCUCAGACUCUCACGGGAACGAGUGACUACUCUUAAUUCUAUUUAAAAUGGGUGUAAAGAAGAAGAAAGAAACUCAAGUUACCUCAUUGACCGUUUGUCAUCAGGACCUUGAAACUUUGAGAUCUUUGGCUGAUGUAGAAGGGAAGAAUCUAGCUUCUUUGCUGUUACAUUGUGUACAACUCACUGAUGGAGUGUCACAGAUCCAUUAUGUUAAACAGAUUGUGCCCUUACUGGAGAAGACAAAUAGAAAUGGCAAGUGUGAUCCCACUAUUCGAAGUUGUUUGGAUAUUUUAGCAGGCAUUUAUCUUUCUUUGAAUCUAAAGAAUCCCUUGAAGAAAGUCUUGGCAAGCUCACUAAAUGACCUACCUGAAUUUUUUCUAACUGAGGCUACACAGAGUUUUACUUCUCGUCUUCAGGAAGAAUUGAAUACUACUACUGAUCUAUACUCUUAUAGGAAAGUUAUUGACAAUAUAUCUUCCUGUAUGGAGAACUUUGACUUGGGUAGAUCAAGUGUUAAUAAUCUUCUUGAAAAUGUGCUUCAUUAUCUACAGAAGAGUUUAAUUGAAAUCUCAGAAGAAAACAGAAAAUUGGCUGGAAAUCAUAUUGUUCAAACUCAGUUGAUGAAUGACUUGUUGGUAGGCAUUAGAGUUUCAGUGAUGUUGAUACAGAAAGUACAAGGUUUCCAGAGACUUCAUUUGAAGAGUUCUCCUACAUGGCAAAGUAUGUGUGGAUUGCUGAGUAUUUUUACCAAGUUUUUAAGCGAUGAUGACCUCUUACAGACAAUUAAGAGUACAUCUGGAUUAGCUGUUAUUCUGUUUAUUAAGACUAUGUUUCAUCCACCUGGAAAGAUUCCUGAUUUGAUUAGUAGUUUGCUUCUCCGUUCAGUGGACCACACCAGCAUCCCCGAGUGGCUUUUGAACUGCUGCAGGAGCCUUUGUUGUACUGAUAUCUCCCAGUCAGCUCUCUUGUUCCUGUGUCAGGGGACACUCACCAUGUUGGAUUGGCAGGAUGGGAGGAUGGGCCCCAGUGGGGAGGCUCUGCUCUUGGAUACUGUGCGUGUUCUGUUCACCUUGAGUUCACAGAUCAAGGAGUCAACUCUGGAAAUGUUUCUGUCUAGAAUUUUGGCAUCUUGGACUAAUACAGCUAUACAAGUCCUUGUAUCAAGUUCCCCAAACCUAAAAGACCAUCUGAAUGGGAAUUCAGAUGUGGUUAGGAGACUUUUGGAAUAUGUCUAUACCCACUGGGAACAUCCAUUGGAUGCUUUGAGACACCAAACCAAAAUCAUAUUCAGAAAUAUUCUCCAAAUGCACCAGCUUGCCCUGGAAGAGUCAGGUUCAGAUUUGGCUGCUGAUAGUUUCAUUUUUCAACUGACUGAGAGUCUUCUGCGAUUGGAAUGGCAUAGUAAAGGAAAGUACACAUGCCUUGGUUAUUUAGUAGAUUACAUAGGAAUUGAACAUAUUUUGGCAUUAGCUAAAACUAUUCCAUCGCAAAUCUUAGAGGUGAUGGGGGACCAGUCCUUAGUGCCUUAUGCAAGUGACCUCUUGGAAACCAUGUUUAAAAAUCAUAAGAGUUGUUUGAAAUCCCAGGCUGUUGACAGCACUUGGAUUGACAAGUGGCAUGAGACUUGGGUUUCUCCUCUCCUGUUUAUACUGUGUGAGGGAAAUCUGGAUCAAAAAUCUUACGUGAUUGAUUAUUACUUGCCAAAAUUAUUGAAUUGCAACCCUGAAAGCUUAAGCUACAUGGUAAAGAUCCUUCAGACUUCUGCUGAUGCUAAAACUGGGUCUUAUGACAGCAGAGGGGCUCUGGGUGCUUUGAUGGCUUGUCUACGAACAGCUAGAGCUCAUGGACAUCUUCAAUCUGCAACUGAUGCCUGGAGGGACCUUGUGUCCAGUGCAAGAAUAAAGCAAGGCUUAAUUCAUCAGCACUGCCAAGUACGGAUCGAUACAUUAGGCUUGCUUUGUGAAAGUAAUAGAAGCACAGAAAUUGUUUCCACAGAAGAAAUGGAGUGCAUUCAGUUCUUUAUCACAUACAAUCUUAACAGUCAGUCUCCAGGAGUGCGGCAACAGAUUUGUUCUCUUCUUAAAAAGUUGUUUUGUAGGAUACAGGAAAGUUCUCAGGUACUUUAUAAACUGGAACAAAGUAAAUCCAAACAUGAACCAGAGAAUGAGUUAACCAGACAGCACCCUUCUGUAUCUUUACAGCAAUAUAAGAAUUUCAUGUCAUCCAUUUGCAACAGUCUUUUUGAAGCAUUAUUUCCUGGCUCUUCCUACCCAACUAGAUUUUCAGCUUUAACCAUUUUAGGCUCAAUAGCUGAAGUUUUUCCUGUGCCAGAAGGUAGAGUACAAACAGUAUAUCAGCUGAGUCAUGAUAUUGAUGUUGGUCGUUUCCAAACGCUAAUGGAAUGUUUAACUGGCACUUUUGAAGAAGUGAAAAUUUUAGCAUUUGAUCUUCUAAUGAAGUUACCAAAAACAUUUGUACAAUUUCAGGGUUCAGAGAAACUACAAGGCUUAUUCCAGGCAGCACUGGAGCUCAGCACAAGCACCAAACCAUAUGACUGUGUAACAGCUUCCUACCUACUGAACUUCUUAAUCUGGCAGAACGCUCUGCCGUCAUCUCUGUCUACUUACUUAAAAACUCAGCGGGUUGCAUGUGGAGAUGGAGAUAAGUCUGCUGCUCUGGUGGAAAGUAAUACAUUAAUAGUUAUCAAAUGCUUGUUGGAAAAUCUUGAGGAAGAAGUAUCUCGGGCUGAAAAUUCUCUGCUUCAGGCAGCAGCAUCGUUUCCAAUGUACGGGCGGGUCCACUGUAUAACAGGAGCUUUGCGGAAGCUAGCUCUAAACAGCCUGCAGUUGGUGAGUGAGUGGAGACCCGUGGUGGAGAAGCUCCUUGUGACGUCCUACAGGCUUUCUGCCGUGGUGUCUCCAGUUAUUCAGAGCUCCUCCCCAGAAGGCCUCAUCCCCAUGGACACUGAUGCAGAGUCAGCAAACCGCUUGCAGACGAUUCUGAAUGAGAUUCAGCCCCGAGAUACUAAUGAUUAUUUCAGUCAAGCUAAAAUUUUGAAAGAAUGUGAUAGCUUUGAUUUGGAGGACUUGAGUGCCAAUGUACCGAAUAUUGAUACUUCUGCAGAAAUCAAAGGUAAAGAAGGAAAAACAUGUGACGUAACUGCUCAGAUGGUGCUGGUAUGUUGUUGGAGAAGCAUGAAGGAAGUCGCUUUACUCUUAGGCUCACUGUGCCAGCUUCUACCCAUGCGGUCUGUGCCAGAAUCUCCUGAUGGAUUAUUGACAGUGGAACAGGUAAAAGAAAUAGGAGAUUACUUUAAACAGCACCUUUUACAGUCCAGGCACAGAGGAGCAUUUGAACUGGCUUACACUGGCUUUGUGAAACUCACCGAAAUCCUCAACAGGUGCCCUAAUUUGAGUCUGCAGAAGCUACCGGAAGAGUGGUUAUGGAAUGUUUUAGAGGAAAUUAGAUGCAGUGAUCCUUCAUCUAAACUCUGUGCUACAAGACGCAGUGCUGGAAUUCCUUUCUACAUACAGGCACUGUUGGCAUCUGAACCUAAGAAAGGCAAAAUGGAUUUGUUGAAAAUAACAAUGAAAGAGUUAAUCUCUUUGGCUGGACCUACAGAUGACUCACAGAGCACAGUCCCUAAGGUUCAUGCUUUAAAUAUCCUUAGAGCCUUGUUCAGAGAUACACGUCUGGGAGAAAUUAUUAUCCCUUACGUUGCUGAUGGAGCUAAGGCUGCAAUUCUGGGCUUUACAUCACCAGUCUGGGCAGUGAGAAAUUCAUCCACACUUCUCUUCAGUACGUUGAUCACAAGAAUAUUUGGAGUUAAAAGGGGAAAGGAUGAACUUUCUAAAAAAAAUAGAAUGACAGGGAGUGAAUUUUUCUCUCGUUUCCCGGAACUCUAUCCCUUUCUUCUCAAACAGUUGGAAACUGUAGCCAAUACCGUGGACAGUGAUACAGGAGAACAAAACCAUCAUCCCAGCAUGUUUCUCUUACUUUUGGUGUUGGGGAGGCUCUACCCUUCCCCGAUGGAUGGCACCUGUUCUGCUCUCAGCAUGGCACCUUUUAUUCCCUUCAUUAUGAGAUGUGGUUGCUCACCUGUCUACCGCUCCCGUGAAAUGGCAGCUCGUGCCUUGGUCCCAUUUGUUAUGAUGGACGAAAUCCCUGAUACCAUCCGAACUCUAUUGGCCAAACUCCCCGACUUCACUGACCAGUGUUUCCGGCAAAAUCAUAUUCACGGGAUACUUCUCCAGGUUUUUCAUUUGUUACAAGCCUUCUCAGACUCCAAAUACAGAAUGAAUACAUACUUUCAGCAGGAGCUGGCUGACGUCGCUGUUUGUACUAAAGCCAAAGUCUGGCUGGCCAAGAGGCAAAAUCCAUGUUUGGUGACCAGAGCUGUGUAUAUUGAUAUUCUCUUCCUGUUGACUUGCUGUCUUGACAAACCCUCAAAAGACAACCGGCCAGUUCUGGAGCAUCUUGGCUUGUGGGAGGAAGUCAGAAGGAUCAUCUUGGGAUCAGAGUUAAUAACCGGAUUCCCCUAUACCUUCACGGUGCCAGGCCUGCCCCAGUACCUACAGAGCCUCACCAAACUGGCCAUCGCUGCAGUGUGGGCAGUAGCAGCCCAGGCUGGAGAGCAGGCAAGGGACGUUCCCAUCUCCUUCUCUCAGCUGUUAGAGUCUUCCUACCCUGAAGUGCGCCUGCUGACGCUGGAAGCCCUGUUGGAAAGGUUCUCAGCAGCAGCCUCGGGACUAGGAGAGAAGGGACUGCCGCCCUUGCUAUGGAAUACCGGAGGGACAUUCUUGAUGUUGGCUGUGAAGGAAAAUCACCCAGAAUGCCUCUGCAAGAUACUGAAAAUUCUCCAUUGCAUGGACCCCAGUGAGUGGCUUCCUCAGACAGAGCGCUGUGUCCAUCUAACCCCAAAGGAGUUCUUGAUCUGGACAAUGGAUAUUGCUUCCAAUGAAAGGUCUGAAAUACAAAGUGAAGCUCUGAGACUCGCCUCCAAAGUGAUUGCCCACCACAUGCAGACGUGUGAGGAGACCAGGGACUUGCUGGCCCCCAACCUGAAGCAGUGGGUUCAGUUGGUCCUCUCUUCUUGUGGAGAUCAUCUUCCCACCGAGUCCAGGCUGGCCGCUGCUGAAGUUCUCACCAGCACUGCACCAUUUUUCCUCACCAACCCCCAUCCCAUUCUUGGACUGCAAGAUACGCUUGCUCUCUGGAAACGUGUCCUCACCCUCCUGCAGAGUGAGGAGCAAGUAAUCCGAGAUGCAGCCACAGAAACCGUGAUGACUGCCAUGUCACAGGAGAACACUUGCCAGUCAACAGCUCUUGGGAUCCAGACCACUCCAUGGAGCACCUGAUUCCUUACUGUUGCCUGAGUGUUAGCCUGACCUUCCAAUCUAGACCACCAGCUUCCUGAGGACAGCACAUGUCAGCCACUCGCUUUGCUUUCCCACAGUACUUAGCACAGCACCAGCCCCAGAGCAGACCAUCAGCACCUGUUUCCUGACUACAUGGUGAAGGGCCAGGCAGAGUCCCAGCUCCUCCCGGAAGUCUUCUCGAGGCUUCGCUCCACCUUCUGACCCAACCAUUCACCUCUGCAGAGUCCUCCAGCACCUGAGGCCUGGACCCCACAAGCAAGCUUGAGGGCUCUAGACAUUUGGCUCCUUUUCAGGCAGGCCCUGUGGCCAGGCUUCCUCCCAGCAACUGGAACUAACUUGGGCACAUAGCAGAGUUUCUUUUUUAACAUAAUAGUUUUACUGAGAUAUACCAUACGCAUACCAUACAAGUCACCCAUUUAAAGAGAAUGAUUCAGUGUUUUGGAUCAUACUCAUAGACUUAUGCAACCGUCGGCACAAACAAUUUUAGAAUAUUUUCAUCACUCCAAAAAGAAAUCCUACAACCUACUCUUGGUUCCUCCGUAUCAGUUUCCUGCGGCUGCUGUAACAAAUGACCACAAGCUUCGUGGUUUAAAACACCACCAAUUUAUCGUCUCACAGUUCUAGAGGCCAGAAGUCUGAAAUUAAGGUGUCAGCAGGGCCACACUCCCUCUGCAGGCUCUAGGGAAGAAUCUGGCCCUUGCCUCUUCCAGCUUCUGGAGGCUGUCACCAUUUCUGUGCUUGCAUCACGCCGGCCUCUGCCUCUGUCUUCACAUCACCUUCUCCUCUGUGUGUCUUCCUAUGUGCAUCUAGUGUCAAACCUCCCCCUGCCCCUCUCUUGUUAGGACAACUGUGAUGGCAUCUAGGGGCCACCCAGAUCAUCCAAGAUUAUCUCCUCAUCUCAGUAUCGGGCUCAACUUAGUCACAUCUGCAAUGACCCUAUUUCCAAGUAAAGUAACAUUCACAGGGUCCGGGGACUUGACAUAGAUAUCUUUUGGGAGGCCAUUUUUCAGCCUUCCACACUCUCCAUGCCCCCCAGCCCAGAUGUAAUACAUAUAGCAUAAAAUACAUCAAAUUAAAGUGUGCAUAUGUACAAAUUUCAGUAUAUUCAUAAGGUUGUACAACCAUCACCACUAUCCGAUUUGAGAACAUUUUCAUCAACUCAAAAAGAAACACUGUAGCUAUCAGCAGUCAUUCCUCAUUCUCCAACCCCUGGCAACCACUAAUCUACUUUUUGUCUCUAUGAUUUGCCUGUUCUGGACAUUUUGUAUGAGUGGAAUCAUACAAUAUGUGUUCUUCUGUGUCUGGCUUCUUUCACUUAGCAUGUUUUCAAGGUUCAUCUGCGUUGUAGCAUGUAUCAGUACUUCAUUCCUUUUUAUAGCUGAAUAAUAUUCCAUUGCAUGGAUGGACCACAUUUCAUUUAUGCAUUCAUUGGUUCAUGAACGUUUUGGUUGUUUCCACUUACUGGCUUUUAUGAAUAAUGCUCUUACGAACAUUUGUGUACACAUUUCUGUGUGGACAUAUGUUUUUUUACUUCUCUUAAUUAUAUGCCUAAGAGCAGGAGAGACUUUGAGACUGUUUUCCUAAGUGGCUGCACCAUUUUACAUUCCUACCAGCAAUAUAUGAGGGUUUUAAUUUCUUUACAUCUUCACCAAAACUUAGUAUCUAUCUUUUUUAUUAAAGUUAUACUAGUAGGUAUGAAGUGGUUUCUCAUUGUGGUUUUGAUUUGUCUUUCCCUGAUGGUUAAUGAUGCUAAGUAUCUUUUCACGUACUUAUUGGUCAGAUAAACAAGACGAAAAGACAACCCACAGAAUGGGAGAAAAUAUUUGCAAGUGAAGCAACGAACAAAGGAUUAAUCUCCAAAAUAUACAAACAGCUCAUGCAGCUCAGUAUCAAAAAAAAAAAAAAUCAAAAAAUGGGCAGACAACCUAAAUAGACAUUUCACCAAAGAAGAUGUACAGAUGGCCAAGAGGCACAUGAAAAGAUGCUCAGCAUCACUAAUUAUUCAAGAAAUGCAGGGCUUCCCUGGUGGCGCAGUGGUUAAGAAUCCACCUGCCAAUGCAGGGGAUACGGGUUCGAGCCCUGGUCCGGGAAGAUCCCACAUGCCAUGGAGCAGCUAAGCCUGUGUGCUACAACUACUGAGCUUGCGCUCUAGAGCCCAUGAGCCACAACUACUGAGCCCGUGUGCCACAACUACUGAAGCCCGCGUGCGUAGAGCCCGUGCUCCACAACAAGAGAAGACCCCGCAAUGAGAAGCCCGCGCACCACAACAAAGAGUAGCCCCUGCUCGCCACAACUACAGAAAGCCCGUGCACAGCAACAAAGACCCAACACAG